AUGGCGCAUUUUGUUAGUGUGCCGUCGAAGCAAAGGGAAGGACGAAUGCAAGAAGUUGUAAUUCACAGGCGAGACGUGGGCGGAUAUGUACCGGGAGAGAGUUGGUUUGAAAAGGAGAGCGAGAAACGCACAAUAGCUACAAAAGAAGAUCUAGUUAAAUCAAUUUUUUUCUCAAAAUCCCUUUCUUUUCUUUCUUCCUUUCUUUCUUUUCUUCUGUCUUUCUUUUUUUAUCUUUUCCACCAUUCUUUCCCAAAAUUUUCUUUGUUUGCCUUUCUUUUUUUUUUCUUUCUUUCUUUCUUUCUUUCUUUCUUCUUUCUUUCUUUCUUUUUCCAUCUUUUCCACCAUUCUAUGACCACCUAUUUUCAAAAUUUAGUUUUUUGCCGUUUUUUUCUUUCUUUCUUUCUUUCUUUCUUUCUUUUCUUUUUCUUUCUUUCUUUCUUUCUUUCUUUCUUUCUUUCUUUCUUUCUUAUUUUCUUUUCCCACCUUUUUCCACCCUAUUUUUCUUUCUUUGUUUGCCUUUCUUUCUUUUUUUCUUUUUUCUUUCUUUCUUUCUUAUUUCCAUCUUUUCCACCAUUCUUUGACAACAUAUUUUCAAAAUUUUCUUUGUUUGUUUUUUUUUUCUUUCUUUUUUCUUUUUCUUUUUUUCUUUUCUUUCUUUCUUUCUUUCUUUCUUUCUUUCUUUCUUAUUUUCUUUUUUCUUUCUUUCAAAUUUUCUUUGGUUGCCGUUUUUCUUUAUUUCUUUCUUUCUUUUUUCUUUCUUUCUUCUUUCUUUUUCAUCUUUUUUUCUUUCUUUCUUUCUUUUUUCUUUCUUUCUUUUGA